AUGGCGAUGCACAGGAGACAUGCCCAGAGCACCACCAAGUAUGUGGAGCUUAUCAUCGUAGCGGACAACAGAGAGUUCCAGAAACAAGGGAAGGAUGUGGAGAAGGUCAAACAGAGGCUGGCUGAGAUCGCCAAUUAUGUGGACAAGUUCUACCGUGCCCUGAACAUCCGUGUAGCUCUGGUGGGGUUGGAGGUGUGGAGCGACCAGGAUAGGUGUCCUAUCACCCAGGAUCCAUUCACCACCCUGCAUGAGUUCCUAGACUGGAGGAAACUCAAACUGCUGCCCAACAGGCCUCACGAUAAUGCACAGCUAGUCAGCGGGGUGUACUUCCAGGGUACCACCAUCGGCAUGGCGCCCAUCAUGAGCAUGUGCACAGCAGAGCAGUCUGGGGGCAUCGUCAUG